AUGUGGCACAAGGCGGUCGGCGGUCCAUUGACCUCCGUCCCGGAAGAAUCGUGGCUCCGUGUGAUUCAGGAAAAACACCCCGACAUGCUCCACCUGCUCCAGUUCCCCUACAACGGCGAGCCACCGAAGCGCCUCGUCACGGCGAAGCCCGUCACGCCGACGUCCCUGCACUUUGUCCGGAACCACGGCGGCGUCCCCGACAUCGACGCCGACAAGUGGGAACUCAAGAUGGACGGACCGGUCAAGCACCCGCGGACUUUCAGUGUGGCCGACCUGCAGAACGAGGAAGUCUUCCCGCGCAUGGAGAAGCUCGUGACGGUCCAAUGCAGCGGCACGCGUCGCGUCGAGCAGAUCCGGCUGUACGCCGGCGAGGGGGACGAGAUGAUCAACGCCCCCUGGGCCGACGGGGCCAACGGCACGGCGAGGUACGUCGGCGUGAGCCUGAAAAAGGUCGUCAAGCAGUGCGGCGGCAUGGCCGGCGGCGGCAAGCACCUGAAAUUCUACGGGGCCGACACGUACUUCAAGCAGAACGAGGCCAUGAACUACCUGGUCAGCGUGCCGUGGAGCAAGGUCAAGGCCGACGAGGUCAUGCUGGCGUGGGAGAUGAACGGCGAAGCCCUGCCCCGGAUCCACGGGCACCCCGUCCGGCUCGUGGCGAUGGGGUACAUCGGCGCGCGCAGCGUCAAGUGGGUGUACCGGAUCAGGGCCCUGCCCCGGCCGAGCCGGGAUGUACCUCUACUUCAACCAGCAGGUCGGCAAGCACAACCAGCUCCCGACCAUGGGGAUCCAGAUCCAGGAGAUGCCGGUGAGCUCGGCCAUCAUGUCGCCCUGGGCCAAGCAGGUCGUGGUCCACGGGGGGGAGCGUCGAGGUCAAGGGGUGGGCGUACAGCGGCGGGGGGCCGGUGGCCCGGGCGGGUCGAGGUCUCGGCCGACGGGGGCUUCAACUGGUACGCCGUGCCCGACGGGAACCUGAGCGGGAAGCACAAGUUCGCCUGGCGGACGUGGGAGCUCGCCCUGCCCUGCGACGCCGAGGGCUGGGUCGAGGUCGUCGUGCGGUGCUGGGACAACAGCAUCAACACCCAGCCCCCUGCACGUGCGGAGCGCCUGGAACUGGGGCCUGCACGUCACGAGCAGCCGCCACCGGCUGAGCGUGUACAGCGUCAACAAGUCCAGGGACCAGACGAGGCGGCGGCUCGAGCACUUCGCCCGCCGGGGCCAGAGUCUCGUCCCCCUGACCCUGCCCACGGACUUCCCCAUCAUGACCCCCGAAGAGUACGACGAGUUCUGGGCCGAGAACGAACCCAGGGACGUUGAUGGUUGAACUUUGGCCACUGACGAGUCGAGGACGACCAUGUGUGGAGCCAUAAUCGACGUUGUGGAUGAUUGAUCGAUUGGUGAGACGGCGACAAGGGUGUACUCUCUCUAUACGCGUGCCCACUUCCGAAGUGGUACCAGGGUCGAGAAAGUCUACAGUUACUACUUGGCAAGAGGGAUGAAGAAUGAGCAAUUUACUUUCCUGAUAAUAAAUAUGAGAGCAAGACAUGAUUAUUUUUUGGGACCC